AUGGUAGUCGGCUGCGACACCCAGGCGUUCGUCCAUUUCAAAGAAGGUGCCGCCGGCUGCUUGACUUAUUCCACCAGCUCGAAGGCUCUGAGGGAAAGCGGCUGUAAGGGAUUGGGAUCUCGAUGGGGAUUGGGCUGCUGCACGUCAGAGAUCCCCAACGGCCUCAAGUCUCUGGAGGCGAAUAUCAGCAGAUUUGCUAACUACGCCAACUCCCUAGCCUCCGACCAUUGUGGCUUCGCGUUCUUGGCGUCGGGGUAUAGCUACGAUUUUCCCCCCUCUGAUCUCGAUGACAGAAAAUUGGCCGACGCGGAUGUACCCAUAGAGCUCGAUUGGUCAAUCGGGAACCAGACCUACGAUGAAGCCGAGAGAAAUUCUGCCAGGGGAUACGCCUGCCCCAGCAAUAACAGUAGAUGCUAUGGUCGGUAUGAGGGCCGCGUCGGAUACCUCUGUCGCUGCUCCAGCUACAACGGCAAUCCUUAUCUGGAGAGCGGCUGCGAAGGUAUAGCGACUGCGGGCUCCACGACGACCUGCCUCUAUUUUACCCAUAUUGCUCAGACAUGA